CUCAAGUUUUGUAUCAUUGGGAUAUCAUAAGGUUUUUGGAUUCAAGUAACAAAAACACAUUACACUACAAUAGAUACAUUUUAAUGGCUUCACAAAAAAUCUCUUAUGUUACUUUUUUCUUGUUACUAGGUUUAGGGUUAUCCUCGGCCACUCGGUCUCUCCUCACCUAUGAUCAUGUAGGAGGAUAUGCCGGUGGUGGUGGUGGUGGUAGUGGUUCUGGUGGUGGAGUUGUUUAUGGUUCGGGUGGUGAGCAUGCUGGUGGGUAUGGUGGUGGAGGUGGUGAAGGAGGCGGUGUAGCCUAUGGUGGUGCUGGAGCUGGAGCUCAUGCUGGUGGAGGCGGUGGUGGUAGUGGUGGAGGUGGAGCAUAUAGUGCAGGUGGAGGGCAUGCAGGUGCUUAUGGAGGUGGAGAAGGCGGAGGCCAUGGUGGAGCUAGUGCAAGUGGUGGGAGUGCUUAUGGUGGUGGUGCCGGUGGUGGAAGUGGUGGAGGUGGUGCUUAUGGUGCGGGAGGAGAACAUGCUGGAAGCUAUGGUGGAGGUCAAGGUGGGGGCCAGGGCCAUGGUGGAGCUUACGCCUCUGGUGGUAGCGGUGCAUAUGCUGGUGGUGCCGGAGGAGGUUCUGGUGGAGGUGGUGCUUCAACUGCAGGAGGAGAGCAUGCUGGAGGGUAUGGAGGUGGUGAAGGUGGUGGCCACGGAGGAGCUUAUGGUGGAGGUGGUGCUGGUGCAUACGGUGGUGGCGGUGGAAGCGGUGGUGGCGGUGCUGGUGCUUAUGGUGGUGGUAGUGAAGCUGUAGGUGGUGGAUAUGGUAGUGGAGGAGGAGCAGGUGGUGCUGCUGCAGGAGGAGGGCAUGCAUAUGGUGCAGGUGGCGGAGGCGGCUCAGGAGGAGGUGGUGCCUAUGCUGGUGGAUAUGCUGGUGGUGGAGGUAGUGGAAGUGGGGCUGGUGGUGGGAUGGUUUAUGGUGGAGGUGGUUCCCAUGCAAGUGGAUAUGGAGACGGUGGUGGUGAAGGAGGUGGUGCUUCUGGUGGUGGUGCUGUUUAUGGUGGUGGCGGAGGAGGUGGUAGUGGUGGAGGUGCAGCAUACGGUGCCGGAGGGGAGCAUGCUGGUGGUUAUGGUGGCGGUGAUGGUGGAGGCCAUGGUGGUGCUGCAGCAGGAGGUGGCACUGCUUAUGGAGGAGGCGGUGGUAGUGGUAGCGGUGGUGGUGGUGCUAGUGCUUCUGGAGGGGAGCAUGCUGGUGGUUAUGGUGGCGGUGAUGGUGGAGGCCAUGGUGGUUCUGCAGCAGCAGGUGGUGCUGCCUAUGGGGGAGGCGGUGGUAGUGGUAGCGGUGGUGGUGAUGCUAGUGCUUCUGGAGGGGAGCAUGCCGGUGGUUAUGGUGGCGGUGAUGGUGGAGGCCAUGGUGGCGCUGCAGCAUCAGGUGGUGCUGCCUAUGGGGGAGGUGGUGGUAGUGGUAGCGGUGGUGGUGGUGCUAGUGCUUCUGGAGGGGAGCAUGCUGGAGGAUAUGGGGGUGGUGAAGGCGGGGGUCAAGGAGGUGGGUUUGCUUCUGGUAGGGCAGGGGGCUAUGCUGGCGGAGGUGGUGCAGGAAGUGGAAGUGGCGGCGGUGAGACUUAUGUCGGUGGUGGAGGUGGUGGAUAUGGUCGUGGUGGUGGAGCUGGUGGUGGAUACGGAGAAGGCUCUAGCGGUAAAGGAGGACAAUAUGGUGGUGGUGGAGGUGGCGGAACUGGUAGUGGAGGUGGUUAUGCUGCUGGUGGAGCCCAUGCUGGUGGCUAUGGAGCUGUUGGUGGCGAAGGGGGUGGUUAUUAAUACAUGCCCUAAGGAUAUGCUGGUAGCUCAUCUAAGUUGGCUUAUAGAUUAAAACAUGGCCUUCUAAGCUACAUGCGCUUCUGACCAUAAUAAAUUUUAAUUUCGGAAACAAGCUGUACAACAUUAAAGAAUUUAAGCCUGAUAAAAUGCAUGAAAGUUGUAAUACGAAAUACAGUACUUCGUAUAUGAUUUUCCAUUUGAUUGUGAUUAUUUGUGAAACAAUAUCUCAAGUUCUCAA